GCGUUUGUGUUUAAAGCCACACCUGAGAGCUCAUUGCGGUUGUGUGGAUGGUAGUCUCGAUCAAAUAGUGCUAAAUCCAACCGCUCCAGUUGGUAUUUGUAUGAUAUAUAGAAUAAACCAAGACCAGAUCUUCUUAUCGGUAGAAAUGCAGAGCGGGCCUAGCGAGCAUGCGGGUAUAAAGAGUAUGCAGUCACGGAGCACAUGGGGACGUGUCAAACUGCUGACCUAGGGCAUUCUCAACUUCGUCAAUCGAGCUAGGCAGCAUCAGUGUUCUCCCUGUCUAACAGUUCCUUGGGGUAGAAGUAAAACACGCUGGGUGUACUCGUGGACAGACUGUCGGAGCCAUCAUGGGAGGGAGAGGUCGUGGUGUGGCUGCCUUCUCGUUUAACGUUGAGGCGUUGGGCAUCACACGAGGCAGCAUGCCCGAGGCCAUGGUGGGACCAAGACCACUGUUUCCAAACACUGAGUCGAAACCGGUCCCACUGAGGGAUGAUGAGGGAGAGGCGUACAUGCUGGCCCUCAAGCAGGAGAUGAGAUGCACAAUGCAGAGACUACCGCACAACAUCAAACCACUAGCUGCUAAAGCAGAUGUAGAGCGAUACAAGGAGAGAUACAACAAGCAGAAACAGCUUAACGAUGAAGAAUGGACGCCAGACUGGAACCUCUACCCGAAAGAACUGAGGCCCCAAGUCAAACGGACUCGCACAACCAAACCAGCAGGCAUAAAGAAGCCUUCAGCCAAAGACGCAAAGGAUGUGCUGAAUAAAUUAGAAGAACUGGAAAAGAAUGAUGGCGCAGAGGAAGAGAAAUCGGACGACGAGAAGCCCAAGACCAAGAAAACAGCGGAGGGAGAAGAGGAGGAGGAUCUGGAGGAGGAAUUGGAAGAGGAGGAAGUGGAGGAGGAGAACGAUUACAUUGAUAGCUACUUUGACAAUGGGGAGGAGGACAAUGAUGACGGCGACGAUGGAGAGGCCACCUACUGAGACGAUUCCUCAGCGACCAGAAGAAGAAUUAGUCAGUGUUGUGUUCAAACUGUGUUCUCUUACCUCACAUUGUUUACAAAUUACUCUCAAUGGCUGUUACCAAAUCAGUACAUAUUAAUCCUUGGAAUGUUGCUGUGAAACUGCGGUUGUGAAAAAAAACAUGAAUUUACUCAUUUUAUUUCAGCCUGCUCAUUAAUUUAUUCAAAAUAGAUGUAUUUAUUUUCCAGCCUGUUUACAGAGCCACUGGUUAAAAAGGCACAUACUGUCUAUUUCACUCAAAAUAUUUACAAGAUCAGGAAUAAAGGCUUCUAU